AUGUCGUUUCCGCUUACCCAAAGUGUCUUUUCCACGGUUGUAUCCACCAAAUGCCUGCUAUCCACGCUCCAGUUCAUGCCUGAAGGUGAUGUGAUAGUGACUAGUGAAGAUGGAGAUACUUGCGAGGUGGGAUUCUCGAAAAAAACGUAUUUAGCCACGUUUCUAGAAGGUCACCGCUACUAUGAGCAGAAUUCGUAUCGACUGGAGCCAUUGACGACGUUUCUGGACGUCCAAUUGGACGCAAUGUACAUGGCCAACAUUAGCAUACUCACUACUACCAAUGAACAUUCCACGGUCUGGACGCUCCACGAGGAAAUAGUUGGAGAAUUAUAUUCCCGACGAGGUCGGGACCCAGUUAUUGACGACUUCAAGUUCUUUUCGGCCCUUGCCACGUCCAGGUUACCACGAAUUAAUAAGAGUUCUUCACUUUGGUUGUGGAUUCGCAAGCUUUCGGUUCUUGUGAUCUUUAAUUGGAAUAUGAUGGCGCCGAUUCAGCUUAUCCGCCAGAUAUUACGGUCCAUGGAGCUCCAUUUGGCCAAUUAUUGUGCCAGUUACACUUUAGCAUGGUUGGUGGAUGUGGCAAGUGCUCGCUCGGUGGAUUUGCAAGACAUCGUGCAGCUAGUUCGACAGCAGUGUCGGCGCAAUCUCGGAGACAUUUCACUCUGGACGGCCUUACGGCGUCUUCUUGAGGGUAAGCAUGAAUGGUACUCCUUGGAGCAUUAUAAUGAUCUUUGCAAACACUUACAAUUGGUGAUGAGAGUGGCGAGAUUAGAAAAGCUUUUGAUUCCAUUGAUUCUGGGUUCGAGCAAUACAGGGAGUGGAAGAAUAAGUGAAAGUUCCUUUACUACUUCUAAUGAAGGUCAAGGUAUCAAAUCAGAUCGAGCCAUAGAAGAUACGUUGGAUCACCUAGCAAAAGAUGAUACCUCAGAUCCCCCGAACGUCGACGCUCCGACUGCAUCGUCUCUGCAAAGGCUCAAACGCAAGAUAGGUCUAGAUGACCUUGAGUGGUUGUUAGCGGUCGAUUGCACGAUACUAAGUCCAUAUUUGUGUGUGAUAACAAACGAGAAUAGGGAAGAGGCGACUGAAAUGAUGAGAAGAUCAAGACAAGUGAAAGGCGGCGAAGGAAACGGCGCUGUGCGCCAAGAUAUUGAGGUUUUGAACAUGGUGAUAUCCAAAAUUGCUACACUAUGA